ACCGUGCGCCCUGGGGAGGGUGCAAACCGGGUCCUCGAGGGAGGCGGUCCUGGAGCAGGGGGAGGGCCCGGCCCGCUGUGGGCUCGAUGCCCCGCAGGGCGCCCCCCGCCACUGAGGAUGAGUCACUGCAGCAGCCGCGCCCUGACCCUGCUGAGCAGCGUGUUUGGUGCGUGCGGCCUCCUGCUGGUGGGCAUCGCGGUCAGCACUGACUACUGGCUGUACAUGGAGGAGGGGACGGUGCUGCCGCAGAACCAGACCACGGAGGUCAAGAUGGCGCUGCACGCUGGCCUCUGGCGUGUCUGCUUCUUCGCAGGUCGGGAGAAGGGUCGCUGCGUGGCCUCGGAAUAUUUUCUUGAACCGGAGAUCAACUUGGUGACGGAAAACACGGAGAAUAUUCUGAAGACAGUGCGCACAGCCACCCCCUUCCCCAUGGUCAGUCUCUUCCUCGUGUUCACCGCCUUCGUCAUCAGCAACAUCGGCCACAUCCGCCCGCAGAGGACCAUUCUGGCUUUCGUUUCUGGCAUCUUCUUCAUCCUAUCGGGCCUCUCCUUGGUGGUGGGCUUGGUUCUUUACAUUUCCAGCAUCAAUGACGAGGUCAUGAACAGGCCCAGCAGCUCUGAGCAGUAUUUCCACUAUCGCUACGGGUGGUCUUUUGCCUUCGCCGCUUCCUCCUUCCUACUCAAAGAGGGGGCUGGCGUGAUGUCCGUGUACCUGUUCACCAAGCGCUAUGCGGAGGAGGAGAUGUACCGCCCGCAUCCGGCCUUCUACCGCCCGCGUCUCAGCGACUGCUCCGACUACUCGGGCCAGUUCCUGCAGCCCGAGGCUUGGCGCCGCGGGCGCAGCCCCUCCGACAUCUCCAGCGACGUGUCCAUCCAGAUGACGCAGAACUACCCUCCUGCCAUCAAGUACCCAGACCACCUGCACAUCUCCACCUCGCCCUGCUGAGGCCCUGCCCCUCGGAGCUCCCUUCCUUCUCCUCCUUAGGGGUCGCCCUGCGACGCAGCUCCCUGGCCUCCCGGCUCCUCCGGACUCGGCUUUCGCCUGGAGGGUGCGGCUCCCGCUUUGGCCCCGCCCUCUCCCAAGCGGCCACGCCCAUCUCACGAAUCCCCCUCCUCUUUUCAGUAGUCCCUCCCUUUUCCUGGCGCUUCCACCUCUUUGGGCUCGUUCACUUCCCGACGGCUCGAUUGCCCGCCCCUUUGGGCUGAGGCCCCGCCCCCUCCUCGGGCGGCCCUCCCCGCUAAGUCGCUCCGGGGUUCCAGCGUGCGGGCGCCCACCUCCCUGGAGUCCCCCAACCUGCUGCCUCCCUGCAGGCGCUCUGGGCUGGAGAGCAGGGUCCGGCAGCCGCCAGGAAUGCCAGCCAUCCUCUUCUCCCUUCUGCCCCUCAUUCUCUUCCCUGGCCCCAUCUCACCUGCGGCCUGUCCCGUCGGGGGACUUUGAGCGCUUUGGCGAGGCCUCUGUGCUCCUCCCACCGCCCCGGGGUGGGUUGGGCUCUGUACGCAGUGGGUCUGUUUAAUCUGGUCUCCCUCCCACACUCCCCUCUGUUCCCCUGGGAGACCCCCUUCUUUCUCACCGGCUGGGCUCUCCUGGGCCUCCUGAGGGUUACCUGCCUUUCAGGGGGCUCUGUCUAACCAAUGUUCUUGCUUUCUCUGCUGCCCUAGCUUCUCUUUCUUCCUCCUCUUCUUCCUCUUCCUCCUCUAACUCUGUCCCGGUCCUCCUUUUCACCUGCACACCACACGACAAGGAUGGAGACCCUAGGGUGAGGGAACUCUGUGCCACUUCCACACCUGUGCCCGCCUCUUCCCCCUCGAGGCUCCGUCGGGGGAGGGAGAGACAGUAGCGGGGGUCGACACCCCCCAAACCUCGAAGUCUUCCAUUUUCUGGCGCUCCCUUUCAUUGAAGUUCUCCUUCCCAUCUCAGACCCCCAACUCUGGCCUCUUUCAAGGGUCCGUCCUCCCCCUUGGGCAGAUUUGGGGGCGUCUCAGAAAUUCGCCCACCCCCCCUUAUUAGGGGAGGAGGGGCGAGGUAGCACAGCGUUGUACACGGAAGCAGAAAGGCCCCCCGGG